GGCAACAAUAAGAUAGAUAGGUAGGUAUGCUUUGUAAUCUGCUUAUUCAUGCGUUUCGGCAAUCUACCUCGUAUAAAUCUUUCCAAUAGGCUUGCUUCGAGGACGGCGCGGGCCGGGAAAGCCAAGAAUAUCACCCACCCCCAUAUCUACCCCGUCGUAGUACGUAGGUUGUAGGUGGCGUGAGGACAAGAAAAGCCCGAGUGGGGCAUUGGUCGUCGGCCGAGGAGCGGAAUUGCGACAUCAGCUAUCUACUUCACCUCACUCAAUAGGUUGGUCGUACCUAGGUAAAAAGGAAGCUAUCUAGCUAUAAGCAAGUCUCGUCUACCCAUCCUCGCUGGAUAUUGUAGUUUUGUUUCUUUCUUAUUUUUAUUUUUUAUGUCACUACCUAGUUUAUAAUCUGGAUUUCCUAUAUAUCUUGAACCGGGUACUUGGUCAUAAAGCACCAGGGUCGAGUUAAGGUUAUCCCAUUUUCCCCGCAUAAUUAGGACUUACUUGCAUACAUUGGUAGUAAGUAGGUAAAUACCUAGGUAGGCAGUAUACACUGGAAUAGCUACAAAGCGAGAGCAUCAUGUCCUUCACGUCCAUCCCGAUCCUCGACCUGGCGCAAUCGCGCGACCCGGCCACGAAGCCGCAGUUCCUGGCCGAGCUGCGGCACGCGCUGAUGGAAGUCGGGUUCCUGUACCUUAAGAACGUCGGCAUCCCUGACGAGCUAUGGCGCGACGUGAUCAGCGAAGGGCGGGCGUUCUUCGAUAUCCCGCAGGAAGAGAAACUGAAAAUCGAGAUGAAAAAUGCGCCGUCAUUCCUAGGCUACUCACAGCUAUCGGCUGAGAUCACAGCCGGCGCCGUCGACCACAGGGAGCAGAUAGACCUAUCUACUGAGCACCCGAUUCCGGGGCCGGACGCACCUAUCUGGGACAAUCUACUUGCGCCGAACCAGUGGCCAUCUGCCUCGGUGCUCCCCAACUUCCGAAAGGUCUACACCGACUACAUUUCGCGGAUGGGGGCUAUCUCGAUCCAGUUCACGUCACUCAUCGCAGAGGCAAUUGAUCUGCCGGCUGACGCAUUCAACAGAUACUUUGACAAGGACCAGCAGCAUAAGCUCAAGAUUGUCAAGUACCCGGAUGUGUCCGAGCUUAAGCUCGGCAGUGACGUGCAGGGCCAGGGUGUCGGCCCGCAUAAAGACAGCAUGUUAACGUCCUACCUGCUGCAGGCGAGCAAUCACAAGGGAUUGCAAGUGCAGAACAUGAAGGGCGAAUGGAUCGACUGCCCGCCUAUCGAUGGCACGCUCGUCGUUGCUAUUGGUCAAGGUCUCGAGGCUUUGACGCAAGGGGUAUGCUGCUCGACCACACACCGAGUGUUAUCACCCAAGGCCGGCGCAGGGGCGCGCUUUUCGAUCCCUUUCUUCCAGGGAGUCAGGGGAAGUUCGACGUUCGAGGAGCUCGAGUCGAUCGGUGUGGGCGAGGUCCCAGAGGCUAUCAAGGACCAGAGACGCAAAGUUUUAGAGGCGAAUGGUGGCCGACUAGACGACGUCGAGUUCACGUUUCGUAGUGGUGGCGUCGCAAAGACGUUGGGCGAGGCCACGUUGAGGAAUCGCGUCAAAUCGCAUCCGGAUGUUGGCGAGAGGUGGUAUCCCGAUAUUCUGCGGAGUAUUCGUGAGCAACAAGCCAGCGAGGCGCAAGAAAAGGCCCAGAAGGCAGGGCAGGCCAGCGUUCAGAAUGAGGCCAUCGAUCUAAGUAGACAGGCUGUCAAAGCACACUGAAGAAAUGAGCAUCAACUUUUUGGAAACACAAUUCAUUAACGAUGACUCCAGAAAGAGGAUUUUUUAGGUUGUUUGUCAUGUAUUCGUAGAUCCGUUAAAUAUUGGUAAACCGCCCAUACGCCUCAAACAGUCUCUCGCUAAACACC